AUGGAGGAGGAGGAUUACGGAGAGGAGGUGACGGUGGAUGACAAGGUGAACCUCAUGUCGCAGGACGCAUGGCCGCUCUAUCGCUACCGGUGGUGGCUGCGUGAGUACUUCUCGGAGUUCUUCGGCACCUUCUUCCUGAUCUCCUUCGGCGACGGUGUCUGCGCCACGAUGAUGUUCCACGCCGGCGACACGGCUGCCAGCCAGACAAUCGCGAGUUGGCUCGGCAUUACCUUUGGCUGGGGCAUCGGGCUUACCAUCGCACUCUACGUGAGCAUGGGCGUCUCUGGCGGGCACUUGAAUCCCGCGGUGACCUUGGCGAACUGCGUCUUUGGUGCGUUUCCGUGGAGGAAGGCCCCCGGGUUCAUUCUUGCCCAAAUUCUUGGUGCCAUGGUGGGCGGCGCCAACGUGUACGCGCUCUUCAAGCCGUUCUUUGACAAGGGGGAGCAGAACCUGCUGCCCGGCGAGACCAUGACCACGAAGUACGGCGGCAUCUUCUGCACCUACCCCGGCGUGCCGAACGGGUACGCCGUGUGGAGUGAGCUGUUCAACACGAUGGCGCUGAUGAUGGGCAUUCUUGGCAUCAACGAUGACCGGAUGACGCCCGCCAUCAACUUCAAGCCCUGCGCGGUGGGUGCGCUGGUCUUCUGCAUCGGCCUCACCACCGGUGUGAACUCCGGCUAUGCCAUCAACCCGGCGCGUGACCUUGGCCCGCGUAUGAUCACGGGAAUGCUGUGGGGCUCGGACCCGUUCACCGUCCACCACCACUACUUCUGGAUUCCGAUGUUCUGUCCAAUCUUCGGUGCCAUACUGGGAGUGUUCUUCUAUGUCGUUUUCAUUGUCCCCAAGGGCGUUUAG